AUGCCAACUCUACCUUCUCUGGAUCACUCCCGAGACGAAUCUCUCUCCCCUGUCCAGGAUCUUCCACGCGCUCCCUCUUCCCUAUCGCAAUACCCCGAGCUGACCCUCACCUCUGCUUCUGCCGUCGGCUCUAUCUCUCGCCGCAACCGUCGUUCCUUGGCCGCCUGGGCUCAGAAGACCUCAAGUGCUUUCGCCAAUCUUAGCAUUAGCCAACCCGCUCCUCUACGGUCCACUGGCUCCUCGGGCAGCUUGUCGAAGGCCUCGAAGCCCGCGGUUGCGUCCCUUUUGACCCCUCCAUUGUUGGACGGCGACACUCCAGAUCCCACUGAUCUUUCACGCCCAGAUUCGCCAGCAUUAGCCGAUCUGCAUCUCAGUCAUAAGCGGCGCCUGACUCUCCAGCGCAUCCCCACCCCUCCGCAAGAGUCCCGUCCGCCUUCGUCGGGCGCAGAGCUAGUCUCCAAAAUGCACCAGACCUCGUCCCGUCUGCUGCGUAUGACGGAAGAUGAGCGUCCUUUCACCAAGGAUUUCAUGGAUCUCUUUUCCACGCUCAUGGUCAGUCUAAAAUUGGAUGCGCAUCGUGUUCGUUUUACUCGUUAUGACCACACUUUUACGUCGGAGGAAGCCAUCAACAAUUUGGGCUCGCUCAAGUUCUCACAGUCCAACCGCAUGCCCGACCCGAAAGAUCCCUCACGAAUCGUGACCACCACCACAACCACCACCUUCUCGAUGGCCAAGGAAAUGGCGCGUUCUGUGUGUCAGCGAUUUGUCGAUGCUCGGUUUAUCGAAGGAGUGGAUGGCAAGACCGCGGCAGUCUUCCCGCUCAAGGGGGCGCUCUUCCAGCUGACCCCCAAGGGAAUUAACAUUCUGCAGCGAUUUUGUCAGCGCAACGGCAUCACUGCCCGUCACGUGAUGGAUGUGCUGGAAUCCCCGCGAAACACCAUGCAACUGGUGAACUUGGAGCGAGACACCGAGACCGACAAGCUUUCCCACGACCGUGCCACUAUCGAAGUGAUUUUCCGCCGAUUUGCCGGGCAGGAUGGACCCAACAUCAAGAGCAGCGUUUCUACCUCCGAUUCCGACUCCGUCAGCGACUACUCCAACGGAAUCAUCGGCGUGAAGAUGGCCAAGGAGCGUAGAUUGCUUGAUGGCAAGGUGUACAACAAUACUUUCACCGGAAAGGUAGCAGUGGAUUGGCUCAUGGAUUGUUCGACCACCAUCGAGCGUCGCGAGACCUGUUUAAUCGCCGAGCUGUUCCUCAAGUACGGCAUGAUCACCAUGAUCCAGGACGACAAGUCUUACCCGGACUCCAACGCCGUGUUCCAGCCUUCCAAGCAUUCGAUCUACACCAUCACCGAGCGAGGGCAGCGGGUAUGUGGAUGGAUUGCUCGCGACAAGCGUGACACUACCAGCAUUAACACCACCUAUGACAACCGUGGUAUGCCGAAGGACUCGAACAACUCCCGCCUUACUCACAUCCUUGGAGAUCCCGCUCUUCGCCUGCUUUUCCGUGAGUUCCUCCGUUACUCGCUGUGUGAAGAGAACUUGUCCUUCUACCUGGACGUGUCGGAGUUUACCGCCAACUACCACAAGCAAGAAAAGGCUGGAAUAUUCAACAAGAUCGACUCGGUUCGGGAAACCCUAGCAGCUGCAUAUGGAUUAUACAACGCAUUCUUGGCCCCCGGAUCGCCUUGCGAGUUGAACAUCGACCACGCUUUGCGCAACAGCUUGGCUGCGCGUAUGACCAAGGCCGUGGGUGAUGAUGAGUCGAUGUACAAGAGCCUUCAGGAGGUUGUCCACUUGUUUGAGCUUGCGCAGACCUCUGUCUUUAAGCUGAUGUCAAGCGAUUCCGUUCCCAAGUUCCUCCGUGAUCCCAAGUAUUCCGUAAUCCUCCAAGAACACGAUGUGGACAUCUUCGGCGGCUCUGGCCGCUCAUUUUCCCCGACCCCUGCUGGGCCAGAACGCAGCAUGAGCCGAUCCGCUCGAUCAUGA